UCAUGCUGCUUCCCACUGAGAAACUUCUUUUCUCUCUCUCUCUCUGAGCAUAAGCUUCUUCACCUCUGAUCAGGAAUUGAUUCUUCUUAAACCGUCUGAUCAAAAUCAAGCGGCUGAGAAUGAGAAUAAUUUCAACGCUGCCAAACAACCAAGUUUCCAUUCCACACUAGAUAUAAUUAAUCAUUUUCAUCUCAGCAGAGCAGAGCAGAGCAGGAAAAUCCUUCGUCGACGACCGUGGACUUUUUCGUCAUUUCGUGUUGGAAGGGUUGGGGCUUGUGUCCGUACAAAUGGAGACCGAAACCAGAACAAGAUCAUGCGUUUUGCUAACGUGUGCCGGGGAUGUCCCAGCUGCUUAUUAUUGUGCGCUGCUUACCUCAGCCAUGCUUUCGGCCUUGCUUUCUUCACCUCUGGCUUGGGUGUUGACAACUUGGAGGCCCAAAAGUGGAGGAGACACUCACAGUGAGUUAUGGCAGUACAAAGCAAUUGACAGUGGGGAGACAAACGGGGAAGACAAAAAUGAUAACGAAGACGCUGACAGCGGCAGUGAAGGUGGCUUAGGAGACGGUGAAGAAGGGUUUUCUUCUGAAGGAGGAGGUGGCGGAGAUAAUAAUUCUAAUGGUGACAGUAAUAAUUCCAAAGAAGAUGGAGCUGAAGGAGAAGGACAUAGAGGAGGAGAUGACAAUGAAAAUGGAGGAGAUGAAAAUGGAGAGGAAGAUGGCAACGAUGGUGAUGGUGACGGCGAUGGUGAUGAAAACGAUGAUUACGGCGAUGAAAAUGACAGUGGAAAUAUUGAGGAUGAGGAAGGAAUUGUGGAAGAAGAACCUGAUGAUGAGGAGGUGGAAGAAGACGAUGAAGAGGACGCUUUGCAUCCCCCAAAGAAGAGGAAGAAGUGAAGUUAAAACACUAUUAAUAAGUAAACGCUACAAGCUUCUAAUCAAUCCUCGGCGUUCAUUGUUGUUUUAAUUAUUAACUUGUAUUUUAAUUUUAGAAUUGACACAGUAUUUAUAGUUUUAAUGUUUUAUUUAAAGUAAUGUUUGUAUGUGGGUUGAAUAUAAUAUUGGACGAAGAAUUAAAUAUUUUUAUAAAAUGUUAUUUCAUAUAA